GAGCGGGAGCCAGGAUCCACCCCUUCCCAGCCCUUUUAAGGACUGGCAUUGGAGAUGAGACUAUCUCCCUGAAGAUCCUUAUGUACUUGAGGCUUUGUGAAGGAAAUGAUAACAGCGAAGCCCUUCCAGAGUCCAUCCCAUCUGCUCCUGGAACACUGCCUCACUUCAUGGAGGAACCAGAUGAUGCCUACAUUAUCAAAAGCAACCCCAUUGUCUUACGCUGCAAAGCCAUGCCAGCCAUGCAGAUUUUCUUCAAGUGCAAUGGUGAAUGGGUCCACCAAAACGAGCACGUGUCGGAGGAAAGCAUGGAUGAGACCACAGGCCUGAAAGUUCGAGAGGUGUUCAUCAAUGUGACAAGGCAGCAGGUGGAGGACUUUCAUGGACCAGAAGAUUACUGGUGUCAGUGCGUGGCAUGGAGCCAUCUGGGGACCUCAAAGAGCAGAAAGGCGUCCGUCCGCAUCGCUUAUUUAAGGAAAAACUUUGAGCAAGACCCCCAGGGGAAGGAGGUUCCUAUUGAAGGGAUGAUCGUUCUUCACUGCCGGCCCCCCGAGGGCGUCCCUGCAGCUGAGGUGGAAUGGCUGAAGAAUGAGGAGCCCAUAGAUUCCAACCUGGAUGAGAACAUCGACACCAGAGCAGAUCACAACCUGAUCAUCCGACAGGCGCGUCUCUCCGACUCUGGGAACUACACCUGCAUGGCUGCCAACAUUGUUGCCAAGAGGAGGAGCAUGUCUGCGACGGUCGUGGUUUAUGUUAAUGGAGGCUGGUCGUCGUGGACCGAGUGGUCCAACUGCAACGCGCGGUGCGGUCGGGGCUGGCAGAAGCGAUCGAGGACCUGCACCAACCCUGCCCCGCUCAACGGAGGGGCAUUCUGCGAAGGAAUGUCCGUGCAGAAGAUCACCUGCACUUCUCUUUGCCCUGUGGAUGGAAACUGGGAGGUGUGGAGUGAAUGGUCUGUGUGCAGCCCGGAGUGUGAGCAUUUGAGGGUUCGGGAAUGUAUUGCACCAGCUCCACGAAAUGGAGGAAAGUACUGUGAGGGCCUGAGCCAGGAGUCAGAGAACUGCACCGAAGGGCUUUGCAUUCAAGAUAUAGAGACAGCCAGUGACAUUGCCCUGUACUCUGGCCUGGGAGCAGCAGUCAUUGCUGUAGCUGUGCUGGUGGUUGGUGUUACCCUUUACAGACGGAGUCAGAGUGAGUACGGCGUGGAUGUGAUUGAUUCAUCUGCACUGACAGGAGGCUUCCAGACAUUUAAUUUUAAAACAGUCAGACAAGGUAACUCCCUGCUUUUGAAUUCAUCCAUGCAGCCUGACUUGACAGUGAGCAGAACCUACAGUGGACCUAUCUGCCUGCAGGAUCCAAUGGACAAGGAGCUAAUGACAGAGUCUUCACUGUUUAACCCACUGUCAGACAUCAAAGUCAAAGUUCAGAGUUCGUUCAUGGUUUCCCUAGGGGUGACAGAGAGGGCUGAAUAUCACGGAAAGGCACAUUCUGGAACUUUUCCUCAUGGGAAUGCUAGAGGUUUUGGAACAAUACAGGCUAGAAACAAGGCUGCAUAUAUUCAGAACCUGUCUUCAAUUUCAACAAGAAAUGAGCUGAAGACAACUGCUAUCUUUGGACACCUGGGAGGUCGUUUAGUGGUUCCAAAUACAGGAGUCAGUCUGUUGGUGCCACACGGAGCAAUUCCUGAAGAGAGUUCAUGGGAAAUCUAUCUUGCUAUCAACCCAAGAGAGUCCAGCCUACAGCCAGAAGGUCCAGAUGUCCUGCUGGGACCAGAAGUGACGUGUGGCCCUUCGGAUGUCUCCGUCAGCUCUCCGUUUGCCUUGACUAUCCCACACUGUGCAGAAGUAAAUUCAGAGCACUGGAAUAUCCACUUGAAGAAAAGGACACAGCAAGGAAAAUGGGAGGAAGUGAUGUCUGUGGAAGAGGAAACUACUUCCUGCUACUGCCUGCUGGAUCCUUAUGCCUGUCACAUUCUCUUAAACAGCUUUGGAACUUAUGCACUUAUUGGAGAACCCAUCUCUGAGUGUGCCGUCCGACAGCUGAAAGUAGCGGUUUUUGGCUGCCUGUCUUGCAAUUCUCUGGAUUACAAUCUGAGAGUGUAUUGCAUGGAUAACACGCCUUGUGCAUUUCAGGAAGUGGUUUUGGAUGAAAGACUCCAAGGAGGACAAUUACUGGAUGAACCCAAACUUCUGCAUUUCAAAGGGAAUACCUUCAGUCUCCAGAUAUCUGUCCUCGAUAUCCCUCCUUUCCUUUGGAGAAUCAAACCUUUUACUGCCUGUCAGGAGGUCCCAUUCUCCCGUGUGUGGUGCAGUAACCAGAAGCCACUGCACUGUGCCUUCUCCCUGGAGCGUUACACUCCUGCAACCACACAGCUGUCCUGCAAGAUCUGCGUCCGGCAAGUCAAGGGGCACGAGCAAAUCCUACAGAUCCAGACAUCCAUCCUCGAGAAUGAAAGAGAAACCAUCGCUUUCUUUGCACACGAUGACAGCAACUUCCCCGCACAGAUGGGUGCAAAAGCAUUUAAAAUCCCAUACUCCAUCAGACAAAGAAUCUGUGCAACGUUUGACACACCCAAUGCCAAAGGCAAAGACUGGCAGAUGCUAGCACAGAAAAACAGCAUCAGCAGGAAUCUCUCCUAUUUUGCCACACAAAGCAGCCCAUCUGCAGUCAUUCUGGACCUCUGGGAAGCCCGACACCAACAUGAUGGAGACCUCGACUCCCUCGCCUGUGCCCUGGAGGAAAUAGGAAGGACACACUCUAAAAUCUCAGACAUAACAGAAACUGAGAUCGAGGAGCCUGACUUCAACUACAGCAGACAGAAUGGACUUUAAUCCUUCAUUUCCAUUGAAGAACCGAUGGCCAGCUGACUUUCACACCUGAAAAUCUCUUUGGCAGGGAGGAAAUAAGGGUUUCUGCACACUGCCCAAGGAAGCAGACGCGUCUCCACGAUGCCAUUUUCAGUUGGAGGAGCAGAAGAAGCCCUAUUAAAAAUCAUCUCUGUAAUAAGGAAAACAAGCUGUCCCUCUGCUACAGUCCUCUUUCAUUUAAAAUUCAUGUUUCAGAUUCAAAAACAAGACUGCACAUCAAUCAUUCCCAGGGGCAGGAAGGAGCGAGGUACAAAGCUGUGCAAGGUAAAUAUUAUGACAUCCUACAUUUAGGAAACAAUGAUGCUAAGGAAGAAUACAAUGCCUACUAAAAUACAAUGCCUAGUGCUACGCAGUAGAUAUUUAGAGCCACUAGAGGUUAAUCUCAGUGUAAGGGUUUGUGUCCUUGGGGCCCUGAGUCCCCUUUGUGCACCUGAAAAGUGGAUGUAAAUGCCAUUUGCUGGCAUCAUGUUGACUCUGUGUAUUUGCUGUAAUUUAGCUAAAGGAUAGCUGAAAAUCUGACCUUCUCCUGUUCAGAGAUUUAAGGAGGUACAGAUUGUCUAAGUAUUUAAUAGCUAUCAGGUGUCAUCCAAACGAUUCCUUUUACAAAGUUAUUCAAUGAAUGUAGCCUUGCUGCAGAUUCUCCUGCCUGUUCUGAUAACAGAAACAGAACAAAGCCCUUCUCUGUGCAAUCUGUGUUUGUGAGCACUUGUGACCAAUGCCCUAAAGUUCUCCAUUUACAGAAUUUCACUAGGGCAAACAUCGUUGCUUUGGGGGUGGAUUUAAACAAUAAAAUGCAGGAGAUUGCCAGUCCUGCUUUAGCAAGUUUACACUGUACUGAAAACUGGAGGUAAAUUCAAUCUGCACAGCUUAAUUUUGCUUUAGGUUCAUACCAACAGAAUAACCCCCACUUAUCACUACCAGAAAUUGGCCUGAUUUACUGUACAGCUUGCAUGUUGUGCAGGAGAUAGAGCUGGCUGCAUUACCUUUAUUCUAUUUACCACCACAUCUGGAACAGAGCUAGUGAAUUCUCAUCACUUUUUACCCUUCUCACGCAAAUAUGAUUUAUUACUUCAACUGAAACCAAAAAAAAAAACAAAAAAAAAGCUGCCACUGCGAGUCAGCAUCCUGGCAGAACUGGUACCAAACCAAAUACAACCAGUGUUCUCACUCGUACAGUCUUUGAGAAUUACCCAGGGUACUUGUAUUGGGCUGAGAGCAGCAUGACAGGGCAAGUAAUUAGUAGGGAAAUCCAUAAUGAUCCAAAAUGAUUUCUUCAUCUGGGAUCCCAGAUCUGAGCAGUACAAUCAGUGGCUUUGGAUGGGACUUUGCUUGCUCUUGUUGAUCUGAGAUGGCCAAUUUCAUGGCUUUCCUGGCUCAGCAGGCAGACUUACAAACACUUGGACUUCCCCAACCACUUUUUAAAUGUUAGUAUUUCAUGCGGUCUGACAUCAGCACUCCUGUUUGCAAUGGGAACCCAUAACUGCUGCAAGCAUAUUUAAGACUGAGACAAAAAUACCAGCUUAGCUGGCAGGAAGCUGUCACUUUUCUCAGCAGCACAUGGUUCUGGCUUUGAAUUAUAUUUGUAGUGACUUCCAUUCCUCCUCCCCAGAAACUUUUUAUUUUCCAUUGGACAAAACAUCAUGAAUAAAAAAUGAAAAAUAGCAAAUGACAUCAAUAGAAAAGCAACAGAAUUUUAGUGAGCUGCAGUUGUCUGGGAAACCUACUACAGCCUCUCUCCAGCAGUUAAUUGUUCUCAGCAUCUCUUCAGAUGCAGUUUUAAUUUGGUUGCUGUUUUUUUUUUGGUUUGGUUUGUUUUUUUGUUUUUUUUCCAAUCUAGCUCCAGUUUGCCACCCCAAUGAACCCCCCAAGCUUGCUGUGGUGCUCUGCAGAGCUCUGUGUGGCUCCUGCUCUUGUUGUCCCAAUCUGCUAAGCCACACAUGGGGGUCAAAGCUCUGCAGAGCUCAGCCCUCACAACCUCAGGACUCAGGAAACAUGCAGUGUUUACAUCCUGGACUGGAGUAGAGAUGUGAGAAACCAUCCGGCUCUGCCUGCCUCGUACUUGUGACCAGCCUGAUUUCCUCUGUGUGCACCAAACCUGCAGAUGGAAGGGAUCAGGGUUGAUACCAAAAUCCACAUCCAACCCCAACUCCCAUGAAGUCUGCCCUCUGAUUUAUGUACUGAAAAGAAUGUCUUUAUUUUUUUUUUUUAAAUACUGGAACAGAAGCUGUUCAGUUUUGGGCCCGAGGUAAGAUUUCAGUUUUGCUUGGCUCAAUAGAGAAUUGUUAUUCUGUUUCCUGGUUUUUGUUCAGUUAUGCCAAAGCAGCUUCUUUGCUGCUGACCUCCCUUUUGUGAAUCUACACUGAGAACUGACUUCUAACCUAGUAUUGUUUUCACGACCUCUAGUUGUUUAAAUAUUAUUCUAACAUUUCUAGUCCAUUUAUCUCAGUGGAAAGGAAUUUGAAACAGGAGCUGGACUUCUAGACUACAUUUCUAACUUGUACUGAUCGGGCUGUAUAGGAUCUGCCAUACCGUAUCAUACAAAACAUCCUUUUAGCCUUACAAUAUCUGAUUGUGAGUAGGACUAAAAGUCUAUGGAAGUGGUCUAAGAAAUGAGUUCAGUAUUAAAGGACAUCUUCAGUCAGCCCAUUGCUGCUACCUGAUAGGAGAACAGCCUCAAACUCUCAAUUUCUCACCACUCUCACACUCAGCAUCAAUCACAGAGGAUGAGGAUCUUGCUAGAGCAUAAAACCACAAGAAACAGCUGUGAGAGUGCAGCACUCCUAAGGUACAGUAAGUGACUUUGCAGUGCAAAUCACUCCAGCAUCAGAGAGGAUGCAAAUGAAAAUAAAAUGGUGAGGAAAAAAACCAUAUAGCUUAAAAGAUAAGCAUGAGAAGUGACAAAAAAGUGCAUCAUACCACAAACGUUUUCCAUAGAGAGGAAAUUGUUCUCCCUGAUGACGCGGGUCAUAGUGGGCAGCAAUCAGACAGCAAGUAUUUAAGUCUGACUUCUCUGUUCCAUUUUCUCCCACUCCUGGGAACUUUGCAUUUCUUGUAUCUUAGAUAUCUGCUGCAGAUAUUGCAGUUUUCAGAUGCUCCCUUUCUGUUGUUUUAUGUUAGCGUCAUGGGAUGAUAUUAAUAAAACUUAGCACUUUUAAUUAUA